CCUCCCCUCGCGUUUCCCUUGCUUGAGCUUGAUGUCCUACGGACGAGGCCGAACCCACAACUCCAAAGCUCCUCGAAAUGUUACUUUAAAAAAAGACAAAGUGGAGGAUGUCACUACCAAUCUUUUGUUUAUGGAGUCCUUGGGAAGGUUGACAAUUCAGUCACAGAGGCUUUGUAGCUGUUUCCACGGCGGAAAAAGAAGCAUCACCGCAGUGUUUUUAGCUCACUUAAGAAAGGAAUACAGGCAAAAAAAAUGUCUUCUCCAAGUCCGGGCAAGAGACGAAUGGACACCGACGUGGUGAAACUCAUAGAGAGCAAGCAUGAAGUCACCAUCUUGAGUGGACUUAAUGAGUUUGUAGUCAAGUUCCACGGACCCGCUGGAACACCUUAUGAAGGAGGCGUGUGGAAGGUCAGAGUCGAUCUACCAGACAAAUAUCCCUUCAAAUCUCCAUCAAUAGGUUUCAUGAACAAAAUAUUUCAUCCCAACAUUGAUGAAGCGUCAGGAACGGUGUGUUUGGACGUCAUUAACCAGACUUGGACGGCACUCUACGACCUCACCAACAUUUUUGAGUCCUUCCUACCCCAGCUGCUCGCCUACCCCAACCCCAUCGACCCGCUGAACGGGGACGCCGCCGCCAUGUAUCUUCAUCGACCGGAGGAUUACAAACACAAGAUCAAAGAGUACAUCCAGAAAUAUGCCACGGAGGAGGCGCUAAAGGAGCAGGAGGAGGGUGGCGGCGACUCCUCGUCCGAGAGCUCCAUGUCGGACUUUUCUGAGGACGAGGCUCAGGACAUGGAGUUGUAGUUGUUAUUCAAAGCAGACUUAUUUUUUACUGCAAUAUUUUUAUGGCUAACUGGACCGGUGGCACACUUUGCUUCAGGUUUUAUCGUUGGAAGUCCAGACUUAGGAAGUUGCAAGAAAUCCUGCGGAUUCACCUUUUUUUUUUUUCUACCCAUCCACUUGGAAGUGUAGAACUCGCAGACGUAGUGGAAAACGUCCAACAACAAAAAAAACCUGCGGCGUGAGUGUGUGAAUGUAAUCCUUAUGAUCGGCGGGAAUCAGACGAGACGCUGUCCGUUCUCCCGAUGUCCCGUUCUUCCUCUCCGUUUUAGGAAAGUCGUUAUUCUCAUGAGUGUCUUUUGUGUAUCGGUGUGGCAUGACACAGAGUUGUGUAGGAUUUGUGGGGAGUGGGAAGAUGCCAGAGCCUGGUCGGACAGAGAGUCGGCUCUCAGGUGAAUUUAACUCCGUUUUGUACAAAACCUUAGUUGAAUAAUGGGCAUUUUUUUGGCAAAUCUUGUGAAGUCCAUGAAGUUUGGUUUGAAAGUCAGUAGCGAGCAAUUAGGUCACAAAGUAGCUAUUUGGUAGCAAAUUGAUAACUGGUUGGCAAGCUGCCCAUCUAGUUGGUUCGUAAACUAGUGUUUGUCAGUGGGAAUAUGCUAAUGCUACCUAACCUAUUUUUCCAUUUAAAAAAAAUAUACCCACCACCAUAAACAAAGUUUUUUUGUCACCAAAAUAGGACCUUGUAGAAGUUGCCUUAUAGGCCUAAAAAUGAGCCAAAAACUCACAUUAAGACUGU